AUGGCUAAUAAAGUUGUAGCUGCAGCAACUGUAGCAACGCUGCGUCUGCUCAUUGCUAUGAUGCUAUGGUAUGGGAUCGUGGGGGAUGGCGCUGCUCCUCGCUCUGUUGCUGGUGCUGAACGUGUUAAUGAUGGUGCUAAUGAUGGUGAUGAAGUUGCUAAUGUCGGUGCUACUGAUGGUGCUACUGAUGGAGUCAAUGAUGGUGCUUACGAUGGUGGUAAUCAAGGUUCGAAUUAUGGUGCUGAUGGUGCGAAUGAUGGUGCUGAUGGUGAGAAUGAUGGCGAUAAUGCUGGAGGUGACAACUCUGGAGGUGGCGCUUAUGAUGCUCAUGGUGAUGAUGGUGAAGAUGUUGCCGCCUUUGGUGAGACGUAG